AUGGACGACUUGAGCCCUGACAUGCUGGAGCAGAGCAAUGCGUCGCAGCUGAACCAAGGCGAAGGAGAGGAGCAGGACACAUUCUCGAUUUUGGUGGCAACAGACAACCACCUGGGUUACUUAGAAAAGGAUCCUGUACGAGGCGACGAUUCGUUCAAGGCCUUUGAGGAGAUUCUCAAGCUUGCCGCGGAGUCCGAGGCAAGUGGCCCUAUGGCGGUGGACAUGAUUCUGCUCGGAGGCGACCUAUUUCACGAAAACAAGCCAUCACGGAAAACACUCUACAACACGACGAAGCUGCUGAAGCAGUACUGUCUGGGCGACAAGCCCAUCAGUCUCGAGUUCCUGAGUGACCCCACCGACAACUUCCCCGAAGGAAUCGAAAAUGUCAACUACAUGGACGCCAAUCUGAAUAUCGCGAUUCCAGUAUUCUCAAUCCACGGUAACCACGACGAUCCUGCAGGAGAUGGAAAUUUGUGUGCUCUGGACCAACUCGCGAUGAACGGACUUGUCAACUAUUUCGGACGCUCACAGGAAGUAGACAAUGUGGUCGUCAAACCGAUCCUGCUGCAGAAAGGAGCCAGCCGACUUGCGCUUUUCGGCAUUGGCAACAUCCGCGACGAGCGUCUUCACCAAACCUUUUUACGUCGUAACGUGAAACUAAUGCGACCGGAGGAGGACGAGGAAGAGGAGCCCUGGUACAACAUGCUUGUCUUGCAUCAAAACCGAGUUAUGCAUGGACCCAAGAGCUAUAUUCCGGAAGCAUUCUUGGAUGACUUUAUCAACCUGGUGAUUUGGGGUCAUGAGCACGAGUGCCUUAUUGACCCUGUCUACAACCCACAGCAAGGCUUCCAUGUGAGUCAACCCGGCUCUUCCGUCGCGACCAGUUUGUCAGAAGGAGAGUCCAAGGAGAAACACGUCGCCUUGCUCAAGAUCUGUCGGAGCAAGUUCAAACUGGAUAAGAUCCGCCUGGCUUCUGUGCGACCAUUCAUCAUGGGAGACCUCGUUCUUGCUGAUCAUCAGAUUGAUCCUACCAACCAACAAAAAGUCAACAGCUUGAUUUCCAGAAAGGUCCGGGAACUUGUUGAGGAGGCCAAGGCUGACUGGCUGGAUAAAAAUAAGAGUAUUGCACUGAAAAGACGCAUGGACCCUGAGGGUGAAAGUGACGAAGACGAUACAAAUCAAGACCAUAGUGGUGACCAGCCAACCGGGAUUCCAAAGCCUCUUGUCCGUCUCAAAGUCGAGUACAGCGGAGGAUAUGAGAUUUUCAACCCACAGCGUUUUGGCCAGGAGUUUGUGGACACGGUGGCCAACCCACGCGAUAUUGUUCAGUUUUACAGACGCAAGACCGCAUUCAACAAGACUAUUGCGGCAAAGACGAAGACAGAGAUUGACCAUGUGGAACCGACCGAGAAGCUGGACACGCUGAAGGUGGAGAACCUGGUCCAAAAGUACCUCUCUGCACAGAACUUGAGCAUCUUGCCCGAAAUGCAGUUAGCCGAUGCCGUUCGGAUCUAUGUGGAGAAGGACGAAAAGGACGCCGUGAAAGACAAGGAGAAGGAGCUGCAGGCAGAGAAAUAUGCACACGACCACCCCAACGGAGGACUUUUAGGCCAUAAACGGACGGGUCGUGAUGACGAUGACAACGAUAUGGAUCUAGACCAUACAAAUGACGAAGGUGAGGAGAGUAUGGCGUCAGAGGCGGAGGUUAAGAAGACAAAAGGCAAAGCAGCACCAAGAGCAAGGAGCCCUCGGAAGCAACCAGCGACCAGCACCACAGGAAGUAAUGCGAAACGUCCUGUUCGUAAAGCGACAACUCCACCUGCUCCCAGGACCACCUCCACACGGACUCGGACGAUUGUGGCAGAAGAUUCGCAUGAGGAGGACGAACCCGAGGAACAAAGAGGGAAUGACGAUGAUGACUAUCAGGAACCGGUGCUUACUAGUACUCGAAGUCCUCGCAAACAGAUGCAUGUGGUUCUGGACAGCGAAGACGAAGCCUCUGUUGCGAAUGAUCAAACCGGUGGCGAGGACGAAGAUGAUAACUUUUUGGUUCCCAAGGCUGGUGCCCGCGCCAAGGGCAAAGCACGCGACAAAAGUCCUCCAAAGCCAAAGGCUGCGCCCAAGCCAAAAGCUGCUGCUGCUGCUGCUGCUGCUGCUGCUGCUGCUGCUGCUGCAAAAAAGACUUCAGCUGCAGCAGCAGCGGCGGCGGCGGCAGCGGCUGUUCAAGAUCAAGGCACAAGCGCGAGUACACGAGCUGCACCGGCACCAAAGGGACGAGCAGGAGUACAGAAUGCAAGCCAGAUUAGCAGCCAAGGAUCCAGCCAAGCACCGUCGCGUCUUGUCGCGUCGAUUGGAAGUCGUAAGAAGAGACUCUUCUAA